AUGACGAUCGCUAGCGCCACACCAAGCGCGACAGGAACAGAUCGACCUCAGCACAGAUAUCCACCAGCAGCGUCCCCUUCAUCCUCACAGUCCACUCACAGCAAUGCAUUCGACACAUCGACUGGACCCUCUACACUAAGCUACAUCAUCCACACCGAAACCAACGGCAUUAGCGACCUCAGGCUUCAGGUCAGCCACAAAGCCAUCCCUUCCUCAAGCAAGCAUCCUCUCCGACCAGCCUACUUUCGCGAACGAGUGCUAACAGACCAGAACGAGAUCGUAGACAACAUAGUCGACGCAAGCACAGGCAGGAUAUGCUGGACGAUACACAGACCAACUAGAGGAUGGUAUCUUUAUCUUCGCUCGCCAGGCUUGCCACAGACUACAGCUAUCUCAUUGAGGACGGCGAAGAGGGAAGAGUAUGAUCCGCUGGCUUCUCCGUUGACUUUUUCGCUUCAGACAAAGUUGCACCGGCAGGCACUUGGGCGGAUCAGGACUCGCAUCGGGUCAGCUUCGACAAAGGGGGAGGCUGACGAUGCAUCACGGUCAGAGAGCACGAUUACAGACGGGGGAAAGAGCAACGGUCAUCACAUUGUAGGAGCACGGGACGAUGUUGGAGAAGCGAAACAGGAUGUGGCAGUGGCAGCAACCGGAAGAGAGAAUCGCAAAUCAGGUACGUCAGGCCACGCAAGGCGGAGAAGUGGUGCAACGGGAUCUGGCACACAUUCAGCAUUGGACUCACGGCAUCCAUCAAAGCGGACGAGCUCUGCAGUCGCCAGUAGCCCGAUGAUUCCAGAGACUGAAGACGAAGCACUAUCACCUACACCCGCACACACCAACCCGGGGCUAUCUCAACUAGCCAUUCCCUCCUCUUUGAUCGCCUCUACAUCCUCUUCUCCUCACUCGGCAGGAGCAGAUCGACCAUACUCCCCAAUCGAACCACCCACAUCCUCAUUUCCUACAACAUCAGGACCACAAGCAUGUACAUUUCUCCUCACAGACGGCAUCCCACCCGGCACCUCCUCAUUGGAUCCAACUGCAGCGCCAAAACAAAGCUGGGCAAGAUGGGCAACUUCUCUCCUCCCCUCAGAAAUUCGCCCCUCGCUCUCACUGGACACGGACAAGAGCUUCAGUCUUUGCUGGUUAGAUCCUCCGACAUCAGGUAGAGGAGCAGAGGGAGUGGAAAUAGCGAAAUUCGAAGAUCAAAGUGGCAGAUGGUUAUGGAACUCACAAACAAGAGGAAAGCUGACAUUGCAAACGAGCGCAAUGCAAGCACUUGGGCUAGAAAAGGAGUUCUGGAUCACUGCGGUGCUAGCUUACAUUCAAGUUUUGGAGGACAAAGAUGCGUAUGAUGCCGCUAGAGAUGCCUGA